AAAAAAAAAAAAAAAAGAAAGGGGAGAAGAAGAUGAUAUGGUGGUAAAUAAACGAGUAAAAUAAGGCAAUAACGAUAAAUACGAGUAUGGGUUAGGAAGCAUUAAAACGGAGGGUUCCUUCAUUCAACAGAAUUAUUGAUUCCGGGUGCAAAUGACCAGAGACAUUGUUUGAGAUUUGACUGUACGUAGCUGUGAUCUCUGUGGCACUACCAAAACACAUUUUUUUUACUGUUUCAUCAGUCGGCUCUUUACUUUUACAAAUUGGGUUAAAAGGCUCCCUAUGCCGCCUGGCGCCGUCUACAACUGCAAUGGAUUCUUCUGUCUUCAAACACGGCUCCUACAAAUUUGCUGCUGAUUCUUCCUCCGAACCAUUUCAAUAUUCAAUUUCAGAGCAAGUGCUGGGAGAGAUGAAAACAGAGCCGAUAAUGCCAAAAGUAGCUGGCAUGGAUGAUCAGGAAGGACUAGAUGAUCCAACUGCUUUAGCCGACCCAGAUAGUUGCUUUUGCGAAUUUGAAGGGGUGCUGAUACACCACAAAUUAUGUGAUUCUGAAUCAUUAACAUUGGACGACGAUGAAGACCUGCCAGAAGAUGUGGAUAAUGCAAUUUCUGAUUACAGAGUUGGUCUCUGUCUUCCCAUAAUUCUUAUGCAUGGUUUUGGAGCUUCUCUCUUCUCAUGGAAUCGAGUCAUGAAGCCUUUGGCCCGUCUCAUGGGUAAUUCGAAAGUUCUCGCCUUUGAUAGACCGGCCUUUGGAUUAACUUCAAGAGUGGAUCCAAGGAAUCAAAAUCAUAAACCUCUGAAUCCGUACUCAACUCUGUUUUCUGUGCUCUCAUCAAUGUUCUUUAUGGAUUCCUUAGCAGCUGACAAAGCCAUUCUGGUGGGGCACUCGGCUGGAUCCUUGGUAGCUGUUGAUACGUAUUUCGAGGCACCUGAGCGAGUUGCUGCUUUGAUUCUUGUUGCUCCAGCGAUUUAUACACUUCUCAUGCCACAACAUUCAGCCAAAGAUGAUCAAAGAGACAGAAAUAAACGAGAUCCGUACUCGCAUUUUACCAACUAUCAGAAUCCAAUCAUUGCGAUCUUCAGUUUGUUGUCAAAGCUGACCAAAUGCAUUGCUCAGGGAAUCAUGUAUUUAAAAGCCAUGGGAGGCAUCCUGAAUCUUCUUUGCAAGAAUACCUUAUGUACGUUCCUCCGAUCAGCCACCGGUCUAAUUCUGGUCAGGUUAAUGAUUGAUAAAUUUGGCAUUGCUAUAGUUCGAAGGGCAUGGUACGAUUCAAAUCAAGUUACUGAUCAUGUGUUGCAAGGCUAUGUGAAGCCACUGAGAGUGAAAGGUUGGGAUAAGGCCCUAGUGGAGUAUAUUGUAGCAAUGCUCGCAGAUUCUACUUCGUUACUGAAUCCACCACAGCCAAAAAGGUUGAGCUCAAUCUCAUGUCCAGGUACUGAAUAAUUAGCCGCCUUUCAUUUCAUCCCCAUUGAAAUCUGUUUCAGAUCAAAUGAUAAACUCAUUUGAAGCCCUGACUUAAAUUGAAAAUUACUCAUAUCAGUAUCAAGAAACCGCAAUCUAGCUGCCAUGUGUUUUGGCGCAAUUAACUGGUUUCUGAUUAACAAGUUAUUCUCACAAUGUAGUGCGUUUGAGAAGAUAACGUAAGAUAUUGAAGUCAACACCCCAAAAGCAUUGUGCGGGAUUAAUUAUUACAAACACGCUACGGAAUCCAAAAUCUCAAAGAAAAUUAACCCAGAAGCUACGAAUUCAGUACCCAGCAAAGCAUAAUGGAAACUAUAGCAUUAUUACACGAACUGCUCAGUUUCUCCAAACCCAGGGCCUUGCCACCAAAAUCCAGCAAAUCACAGUCACAACCAGGCAAAUAGUUAGCUGAACCUGCCAAGGCAGAGAGUCCAGCAAGUGGAAUCCGAAGGCUCCACCAGCAAUGAGGAACAGCAAUCCAACUGGAACAAGGAGUAGCGUGAAUGCAAAAUUGUGCUCACGGGUUGAUACAUUGGUCUUAUCCAGGUAAAUUGAGGCAAUCCCCAUAGCAAUUGCUCCUGUGAGGAUGAGGGCAAGGCCAAUCCUGAACAGGGGGUCCUUCACCGCAUCUUUGGCGGUCCACAAGAUUGUUGUUGCAGCCACAAGGCCUUUUGCGCUGAAACGCUGCAGCUUCAAGCAGGUCUCCAGGGUUGCCCAUUGACCAGAAGGAGUAUGCGGCUGAUAGUGCGUUGGAAGAACUGUAUUCGGAUUCAGUUUCAAAGGUGUGAGCGGCUGGUGAAGCCCUGGCAGAACCGUACUCGGAUUCACUGUCGGAGUUGUAUGCUGUUGGUGAGGCGUUGGGGGAACCGUCUUCGGAUCCACUGGCGGACGGGUAUGCUCUUGGCGAUGCGUUGGGGGAACGGUCUUCGGAUCCACUGGCGGAAGUGUUUGCUCUUGGUGAGGCGUUGGGGGAACCGGCUUCGGAUCCGGCAGAUUAGCUCCAAGGCGUUGAGUUUUAGAAGUUGUUUUGCUUGUGGUAUCAUCACUUGAAUUGCCGUUCCCAUUAUCAUCGAUCGGCUUCUCGUUUAUUCCACCCUUGAAGCUGGGACGGCGGACAAGGUUUCGGGGCGUUUCUCCAGUCGUGGGAGCCAUGGUUUCUUCUGAGAAAAAAGGACACCAUGUACAGUCACAUUAGGCCAUGUACAGCUAGAAGAAUUUGCACCGAAAAACAACGCAAUUUAAAACCAAAAAUCUGCCCAAAAGCAUCGCCCUAAAGGGUAACAACACAAGUGGGGAUUUACUGGUCUCCGAAAAUGUAGAUUGUUGAGUCCGAAAAUAAAGACAUGUGACCACUGGGAAAGGGGUCACUGUCAAUAUUUGACUCUAAGAACAACAAAUUCAAAGAAAAGGAUAGUAGUGCUACCCUUUUAGGCAAAAGCAAGCAAAAGAUGACAUGAGAAUAUGAGAGAAUCUACAGAAUUUUUUCAUUGAACUAGAAGAAAAAUAGUGUGUGAAGGAAAAAUUUAGGCACGUUUGAACUCUCAGACUUUUAGUACCCUUCUUUUCCUCCUGGUCAAUAUAACUUGCAAACAAUAAUGCAAACUGUACAAGGGGAGAAAGAUCAAAUUAAAUGGUAAGUUUCAGCGCAAUAAAACACUUCAAAAACCCAGAAAAAAUAUUACAAAUCUUAAAGAAAAACAAACAGCCAAAUAACUGAAACGCCAAGAAAAUAAACUAAGUCAAACCCAAAGCUAAUAGCAAUGAAUCGGCCAAACAUGUACCGAAAAAGCUACCAAAAACCCUUACGUAUCACAAAAUGGAUCACUAUCGUAUCAUACAAAAAAAAAAGAAAGAAAAAAACCCAGACAUUAGUCUGAGAUGGUUUCAGACUGUCAUCAGUAGCAGGUCAGACUGGCGACAUAUCACAAAAUCAAUUAGGCCAAAGCGUCCUUUCCGCUACUACUGAUUCAACAACUGCUUCAAAAUAAAGGACACAGUCACACACAGCAGAUUUUGGGAGGCAUAUAAUUGUUUUUGACGGAUUGGUUGAUAAAAUCCCAGAAAGAAAUCAAACUUAAUCAUUCAAUGCGUUCUAAGUAGCAAAUCAGAAAUACAAAAAAUUUAACCCACAGAAAGAGAAGAUGAAGUUUGCACCAAGAAAACGGCUACAAGAUCCAAAAUAAAUAAAAAGAAAACCAAAUCUAGUCAGAAAAAGGGUUUUUAAUGGAGAUCUAGACAUUUCAAGCCUUCAAAAUCAAAACGGCAUAGUCGAGAGAAUCUUUGCCACAAGAUAUCCUUAAAAUGUUCCCUCAAAAAAUGGAGAAAAACCGGAAAAUGUAGUAAAACCCUAAUCCAGCAAGUUCAGUAGCCAAGAGUAAACGACUAAACGGGCGGAACACCUUCCCCAAAUUCCAUAAACUUUUCAAGCGAAAUUUUCACGUCCGAAGAAGGGAGAAGGACUAAACAACUAAGUACCUUAAUUCGGUUGAAGGCAAAGAGAUAUUCUAGUAGCUUAGUGUAUUUCAGAUAGUAUUAAAGGGAAGAAAAAAGGAGGGGACAAGAAAAAGAAAGUGUGAUAUGGGUGGAGAAGAAGAUGAUGAGGGAAGAGUGAUAAACGGAAAAACAAACUGGAAAAUAAAAGGGACCAAGAAAAUGAGGAGAAUCAAUGGGGAUCUGCACCUUCUCUGGUGCUGUAUAUAUUGUGGGUGGUAAGGUCUUCUAGUGUGUGAGUGUGUGUACGGGAAGGGAAUUUGAUUUUCUGGGGUUUUUAAUCAGUUUUUGAGAAUUAAAUUGGAGACUAACAAAAGAAGAAAAGAAAAAAAAGAGCGAAUCAGAGUGGAGAAUUGAUAACCGUCACGAU